AGCAACAUGGCGACUCUUGGCAGGGUCCUUGUUAUCGAGACUCAGCAGAAAUCGUAGGGAAUGAGAACGAUUAAGACAAACAAAUGUGUGAUAUGUAGUUACGAAAUUGUAAAUAGCAUCGUUGUGUAUAGGAUCUUCCAAUAAUUUUUAAAAGAGAACUUCACCAUGACCACCACUUUGGAAGCAAGCUAUCAGCCCCUGCAGGCUUUUGGAAGUGAAUUAGGUGAUGUAGAAGAAACACCUCAUGAUAGUGGAGUUAUGAUACAUGUUGUACCUGAAAGUAGCAGAGCACGAUGGAAUCAUAUGGAAGACCUGGAUGCUUUCUUUACACGCAUGUAUCAUUAUCAUCAGAAACAUGGAUUUGCGUGUAUGAUGCUUCAAGAAGUGCUAGAGCUCUUUCAGUUUGUUUUUGUUGUUGUGUUUUCAUCCUUCCUGGCAAACUGUGUUAAUUAUCCUGUAUUAUUUAGGGAUCAGUAUAUUGCAAAUGCGACUCACAAAGUGUCUCUUGCGGAUGCUGUUAUUCCAACUGCCCAAUGUGUAUCAUCAUUCAGUUUUACAACCUGGGCAUGUCUCUGUGUUGCCUUAAUAUUCUGGCUGUUACGUGUUUUUAAAGUAGUUUGCCACAUUUUUCAAUUUUGGGACCUUAAGUGUUUCUUCAAUACUGCCCUUAAAAUAAGUGAUAGUGAAUUGGACAAUUUGACUUGGCAUGAAGUUCAAAGACGAGUAAGGGAAGUACAAAAGGAGCAGCAAAUGUGCAUUCACAAAACUGAUCUCUCAGAACUAGACAUAUACCAUCGAAUACUGAGGUUUAAGAACUAUAUGGUAGCUAUGGUAAACAAGUCACUCUUGCCACCAAGAUUGCAAGUUCCCCUUCUGGGUGAAGUGGUGUUCUUGACACAUGGUCUUAAAUACAACCUCGAGUUACUGCUAUUCUGGGGUCCAUGGGCGCCCUUUGAAAACAGUUGGCAUCUCAAAGAGGACUACAGAAAGUCUGCUAAACGUCAUGAACUAGCCGCUGCAUUGAGCAAGCACAUUAUGUGGUUAGCCAUUGCAAAUUUGAUACUUUGUCCUCUCAUAUUACUAUGGCAAAUCUUAUACAGCUUUUUCACCUAUGCAGAGAUUAUCAAACGUGAGCCGGGCAGUCUCGGAUCUCGCUGUUGGUCCCAGUAUGGUCGCCUUUACUUGCGACACUUCAAUGAACUAGAUCACGAGCUCAAUGCCCGUCUAAACAGAGCUUACAGUCCUGCAUCUAAGUACAUGAAUAUUUUCACCUCACCUUUGAUGACAGUCAUUGCAAAGAACGUACUAUUUGUGGCUGGAGCUUUUCUUGCUGUAUUGGUACUUCUGAGUGUCAUUGAUGAAGACACACUGACAGUUGAACAUGUUAUCACUAUAAUUACCUGUCUGACGGCUGUUGUGGCAGCAUGUCGUGCAUUAAUACCAGAUGAAAAUAUUGUCUGGUGUCCUGAAACUCUCAUGACAGCAGUUCUUGCCCAUGUUCAUUACUUGCCGGAUGACUGGCGUGGAAAAGCUCACAAGAAUAGUGUGAGAGACAAGUUUUCUCAACUUUUUCCAUAUCGAGCUGUACAUCUGUUGGAAGAACUUUUGUCUCCUAUAAUAACUCCUUUUGUUUUGUGGUUCCACACUCGUCCGAGAGCUCUUGAAUUUGUUGAUUUUUAUCGCAACUUCACUGUAGAGGUUGUGGGGGUGGGAGAUGUUUGUUCAUUUGCCCAAAUGGAUGUGAGGCGGCAUGGUAAUCCAACCUGGCACACUAGUGGCAAUGGAAACCACAAGCCGAGCUCGACUGGGACUCCGGCUUUCGUUAUGCCAUCUAGUAUUGGGGAACAAGCUGUGCCUUGUUCGUCCAACCAGUACACUCAGGCUGAGGAUGGAAAAACAGAACUGUCACUAGUACAUUUCACCAUGACAAACCCACAUUGGCAACCUCCACCAGAUGCUGAAAGUUUUGUUGAUGCCCUGAGGCAUCAAGCCAAGAGGGAUGCUACAGGUGAGAGUGGGCCUGCAUACCCUCCAUUUGCCGCAUACUCUGCCUAUGCAGCACAAAUUCAUUCGGGUUCAUCACUUGGUCCAGAGACAAGCAUUAUGCUUUCAAGUUUCCUUCGUAGAAGUCAAGCCCCAGAUCCCCAAUCGCCCAAUUCUUCCCAGAUGGCUGGAGAAGGAAUGCCAAUGGCGAUGCGAGGGGGUCUAAGUCGAGCUGAAGGACCAUUUCAAUUAAGCUUACACAGAGUAGUGCCCCCAGCUGUUUCACUAGGACGAUCUGUCUUUGGUUCUGGUGUGGGUUCUGGUUUUGCCUCAGAAGCAGCAGAAGGUGAACACAUUGCAACAGACAUGAGUCUUAGUACCCUGUUACUUCAUGAAGUUCACCAUGGCCAUCUUCGCCGAAGAGGAGGAUAUCAAGAAAGAGAAAGUGCAAGUAGAGCUCUCUGGCAACGACCCCAUCACGAAAUGGCAGGAAUUUGUGAAGAAGGACCCGCGCCAGGGUCAUCAGGAGCUGUUCCUGGUCAAACAGGUGGCGACCGACCAGCAGAACGGACACCAUUACUUACCUCUAAACACAAAUAACAGGUGUCAUGAUACAGCACUGGUUGUGCUUCCAAGUCUAGUCAUAUAUUUCUGUUUUGUAAUUGACAAAAACAGUAACGCUUUGCUCAAGUCUGUCAUUGUUUGAAUUUCUAUGUUCAAUACUAUGGUGUUUUAAUAUCUUUACUAAGUUAUUUUUUUUCCUAGUUGCUAUUUCAUUUUUCCUUAUCUUAAUAUUUACAUUUACUGUCUUUCAAAAAUUCCUAGCAGACUUGAGGAAAUUGCUUACUUUUACUUACAAUGUGUAGAAUAAAGUGUAAUAUGGGUUUCAA